ACCCUUCACUCUGCUUCUGCUUCUGCUUCUGCUUCUGACUUCAGACAACACACACUAAUACGCGAGCGUAGAGAGUGAGAGAGAGAUGGGAAGCGAUAGCGAAGCAGAGAAGUCACAGAAGCAAGAGAAGGACAGGAAGAAGGUAGUGGCUUUGGCUCCGAUCGCCAAACCCCUUGCUGGGAAGAAGCUCUGUAAGAGGACUCUUAAGCUUGUCCGCAAAGCCGCUGAACAGAAAUGCGUGAAGAGAGGAGUUAAGGAAGUGGUCAAAAGUAUACGACGGGGCAAUAAAGGAAUAUGUGUUAUUGCUGGCAACAUAUCUCCUAUUGACGUUAUCACGCAUGUACCAAUAUUAUGUGAAGAGGCUGAUAUCCCAUACAUAUACGUCCCCUCGAAAGAAGACCUUGCAAACGCUGGAGCCACCAAGAGACCAACAUGCUGUGUACUGGUGAUGACCAAGCCUACAAAGGGAGAACUUGGCCAGGAGGAGCAAGAAAAAUUAAAGGCAGACUACGACCAGGUGGCAUCAGAUGUGAAUGAACUUGCUUCCUCUCUUUUCUGAUGGAAAGUAACCAAGUCCUUGUACUGCCUCAAAGCCACUUCAUUUAGGCCCCUUUUAUGCCCCAUGUUCUUUGUCUUUACAACAUUCUGAACAGGCAGAUGCCAUCAACAGUAGUAAUAUCAUAUUAUCAUGAACUUGGAAGAUAUUCCAGACUUGUACAAGCUCUGACCUCCAAUUCUCAAAACUCAUUAAUUCUGAUU